CGGGCCAGACCACCGUGCACCUGUGCCUGCCUGAGAAUAAACCGGCUGCGUGCUGUUUCUGCUUUGUUGUCUGGGGCGAGAGGCAGAGCCGUGGACCUGCGGUCACGCCAGCCUGGGGUCUCCUCCGUGCCGGGGCCAGCGCCUCAGGGGUCCUGCCAGGCUCGGCCCUGCCCACAGCAAGCAGCAAAGCCCCCAGUGGGCAGCCUGGGCAGGGCCCCUGAGCCCCUGCCUGCUCCUGGGGAGAUGCACCUCCCCUCCCACCAGCCAGGCUGCGGCCCCCUCCGCCGAGGCUCCCCAGGCGGUUGUGAGUUUGGGGUUUAGGGGGCUUGGACCAGGAGUCCUGGGGAGUUAGUUCCAGAACCUUUCUCCCAGCAGUUUUUUUAUUUAUUUAAUAUAAAAGAGAGAGAGACAGGCAUUUUGGUGUAGCGGGUAAAGCCACCACCCACAGUGCUGGCAUCCCAUACAGGCCCUGGUUCCAGAUCCAGCAGCUCCACUUCCUGUCCUGGAAAGGCAGCCAAAGACAGCCCAGGUGCUGGGGCCCUGCACCCACGUGGGAGACCCGGAUGGAGCUCCUGGCUCCUGGCUUCAGCCUGGCCCAGCCCGAGUUGUUGUGGCCAUUUGGGGAGUGAACCAGCAGGUGGAAGACUUCUCUCUGUGUCUCUCCUCGUCUCUAGCUCUGCCUUUCAACUAAAUAAAAAAUAAAUCAUUAAAAAAAAAAAAGGCAGAGGGACAAAGAACGUUCAUCCAUGGGUUCUUCCCAAAUACCCAUGACAGCCAGGCCGAAGCCAGGGGCCUUGAACUCCAUCCGGGUCUCCCACUGGCCCUCGGUACUGGAGUCAUCACCUGGGACACCCAAAGCCCAGCCCCUCCCGGCAGCUCUGAGCUCAGGUGACUGGUGGCCUGGUCGGGGCCGGGGUUGGAGGUGCUUGUCCCUCGUUUGUCUCCUGGGAAGCCAGCAAGGGGAGAGAGGUGACAAGGCCCACUAGACGUCUGGUCAGGCCCCGCUUAGGGCACCUGCGUCACCCCUGCAGUGCCGGUGGGGGCCACUCUGCUGUGGAUUCGGCUCCCUGCUCGUGCCGAGUGACGGCGGCUGAUGGCCCACGUCAGACCCAGAUUGAGAGCUGGGCUCCGGCUCCGGCUGAUCCGGCCUCCGUGCUGCAGGCUUCCGGGGGCUGAAGCAGUAGAGGGAACGUGCCUGUGUCUGCCUUUCCAAUGAGUAAGAAUGGAAGUCUUUCAAAAGGCGGACCGAAAGGGACGGGGAGCCCAGGACAGCCUCUGGAGCCACCUGCCUCUGUCUGGCAGACGGCGGCCUCAGGGCAGGGCGUCCACCGUCCCCCAGGCCCCUGGCUGCACCUGAGCCCCUCUGCCCACCCCAGAGUCCCUGAGGGAGUGCCCCCCCCGGGGGGGGGCCUGCACAGUCUCAUCCGUGGUGUCAGCAAGGAGAGUCCUAAUCCACUUAGCCAGGCAGGAUAAAUGCUCGGGCAGUCACCGCUGAGCCAGGGCCGCCGCCGCCGCUCCUGCCCCGCUGCGCCGCAUGAGGAGUCCAGCCUGGGACAAGAGAAUCCAGACACGAAGGGUCCUGCGGUGUCUCUGCCAGCCUCACCAUGAGCCUGGAGCCACCCAAGGCAGAGAUCCGCUCGGCCACCAGGGUGAUCGGAGGGCCUGUCACCCCCAGGAAGGGGCCCCCCAAGUUUAAGCAGCGGCAAACCAGGCAGUUCAAGAGCAAGCCCCCCAAAAAGGGCGUCCAGGGGUUUGGGGACGACAUCCCCGGCAUGGAAGGCCUGGGAACAGACAUCACCGUCAUCUGCCCCUGGGAGGCCUUCAACCACCUGGAGCUGCACGAGCUGGCGCAGUACGGCAUCAUCUAGUGCCAGACCCCGGCCAGGCCUGGGCCACCCCCCUGCCUGCUUCCAACCCCACCCAGGAUUCCUGUAGAGGAGCCCCCGCCCAGCCCAGAUGGCACGUGGAGGGGGGCAGUGACCUCCGGCCU